CGCGCUUCAUUCUGAGCAGAGCCAGGUGCCGCACAGCCAGCUCGGCCCCCCUGCGGCGGCUCCCUCCCGGCCUCUCCUCCUACGAGCAGCAUGAAAGCCUUCAGUCCGGUGAGGUCCGUUAGGAAAAACAGCCUGUCGGACCACGGCUUGGGCAUCUCCCGGAGCAAAACCCCGGUGGACGACCCGAUGAGCCUUCUCUACAACAUGAACGACUGCUACUCCAAGCUCAAGGAACUGGUGCCCAGCAUCCCGCAGAACAAGAAGGUGACCAAGAUGGAAAUCCUGCAGCACGUCAUCGACUACAUCUUGGACCUGCAGAUCGCCCUGGACUCGCACCCCACGAUCGUCAGCCUGCACCAUCAGAGACCUGCACAGAACCAGGCGUCCAGGACGCCGCUGACCACCCUGAACACGGACAUCAGUAUUCUGUCUUUGCAGGCGUCUGAAUUCCCUUCUGAGCUUAUGUCGAAUGAUAGCAAAGUACUCUGUGGCUGAAUAAAUUGGAGAACAAGUUGAAUGGACCUUUUUAAAAAGAAAAAGAAAAUGGAAGGAAAACUGAGUGAUCAUCUUCUUCCCAGGAGUUCUCCAACCUGGACUGUGAUACCGUUAUUUAUGAGAGACUUUCAAAGCCCUUUCUACAGUUGGAAGGUUUUCUUUAUAUACUAUUCCCACCAUGGGGAGCGAAAAACGUUACAAAUCACAAGGAAUUGCCCAAUCUAAGCAGACUUUGCCUUUUUUCAAAGGUGGAGCGUGAGCACCCGAAGGAUCCAGUAUUCGGUUACUUAAAUGAAGUCUUUGGUCAGAAAUGGCCUUUUUGACGUUGAGCCUACUGAAUGCUGUGUAUAUAUUUAUAUAUAAAUAUAUAUAUAUAUAUAUAUUGAGUGAAACCUUGUGAACUCUAAGUUUUCUUGUAUAGUGGCAGAAAUACCUAUUUCUGCAUAAAAAUGUAAUGACGUACUUAUGCUAAACUUUUUAUAAAAGUUUAGUUGUAAACUUAACCCUUUUAUACAGAAUAAAUCAAGUGUGUUUAUUGAAUGUUGAUUGCUUGCUUUAUUUCAGACAACCAGUGCUUUGAUUUUUUUUUAAUGACGCUGUUAUAACUGAACCCAAAUAAAUAAAUACCAGUUCAAAUUUAUGUAGACUGUAUUAAGAUUAUAAUAAAAUGUGUCUGACAUCAA